AACAAAAGUUUUUUUUAAAUAUGUUACAGCAACAUGCUUUAAAAACUUAACAUUAAAUAAUAACACUUUAACGGCAUUUUGAAACCAAAAUGUCAAUUAAUAAAGAUAACUGACAUUGUUUCAAACAAAUAUGCAUACAGGAACGCAAUCCACGAUUCUCGGCCGACUUCACCACCUUAUGGCAAACACGAUUAUUUAACUAAUUUACAGAACAUGUGGACCUCCAUAUCUGAAGAUCCCACAGCAAUAAGCAUUGAUCCAACAUUAGCAAAUUAUCGACAUUUUGCAGCAGCUACUGAAUUACAUUUAACCCACCUACCGCAUAAACUGCAAUUGAAUUCUCCAAAUCGUCCUGAUAUUCGAUUGCACGAACAUCAGCAGACGACAUAUCGUACUUAUCCACAGAAAGAUUAUAUUACUCAACAGCACCACAACCAUUUAUAUCGUCGACAACAUAGCUAUUUACACAAUCACCAUCAUCAUUUGUCAUAUACGGCGCGACAGUUAGAUGUUAGAAAUUGUGAUAGUAACAGUACUCUACCAAUGACGACUCCUUUUAUGACCCGCACCGAAAAGUAUUUACUAAAUAACAUUGAUAAACAUUGUCGCAAUCCGCUAAAAGUCGAUUAAAUGCGAGAUCAAACUUAUCUUAUUCCGCACGAAAUUUCAACAGAGGAGGCACAGUCCCUUUCCACUGAAUAUGGAACCUGUGAGAAUGUGUUGAAAGAUAUUGCAACAAUUAAAGAGACAUAUGUGUAUAAUAAAUCAAAAGAGAUAUCAAACACCGUUAGAAAAGCAAAUUCUAUCAUCCAUGGUGAUGGGAAGAAAAGCAAACACCUCAUCGAAAGCAAGGGUAAACAAAUCAAUAAAGAAUUGAUAUGAAAAAAGCAAAGUGGACAUUGUAGUACGAAUUUAUAUAUAUAUAUAUAUAUAAUCGUAUCAGUAUCGCUGUUAUGCCAGUUUCAUUUGAAGCAAUAUGAGAACAUUCAUAGACAUAUAUGUAUGUAAUGCUCGUAUAAAAUACUUUUGUAUCACUAAUACACAUAAUUUUAAAUUCACAUAUUAUGGCUUAUAAAAUAAAUAAACGAAAACUAACAUAUCAA